AUGCCAGGAAAUGUUUCCCUGUUAACGAAGGCCUUGGCCAUUGCUAUGGCUAUGGCGGAUGCUGCCAGCUCCUCGCAGUUGAAACCGAGAUUAGUGGGCGAGUCCCCCAAGAACGGCAGGACGUCUUUUCCAGCUGUCAAAAUACCUCAUAAACAGAUUAACAGUAGGGCAACCAGUACCGUCGAUGUCGGCAGCAAUUGGUACAUACAAGCCUGGAUCGGGACACCUGGACAGAGCUUCUACUUUUUAGCUGACAGUGGCGCCCCCAAUCUGUCUAUCGAGUCGACUCUGGAGCCGUCCUCCCAACAGGGAGACAUUCCUCUAUAUAACCCCCAAAAUUCAAGCACCGCUGAGAUUAUGGACGGAUAUUCGUACUCCGAGUGUUUUGGGAGUGGAUAUUGCGAUAACGGCGUUGUAUAUACUGACAUUUUCACCGUUGGUCAGCUAGCGUAUGAGGGGAUGCCGAUCAUGGUGCAGACCAACAACACGUCCCCAUCUAAUGGCGUUCGGUCUGGAAAUUUGGGACUAAACGUAGAUCAUGGUGGCAUGUCUACUGAACCCGAGAGGCUGCCGUCCUUCUUCCAGCACAUUCUACCCGAUCUUGACCAACCUCUGUGGACUGUCGACUUCCAGGCCGCCAACAACACUGGUCAAUUCGACUUUGGUUACAUAGACACCUCCAAGUACACAGGAGACAUUGCCUACGGCAACAUCACUACAACGAAUGGUCUUUGGACUGUGGAAAUCCAGGGCAUUGGGGCAGGGUAUGACGAUAGUGCUUUCAAAUCUCAUCAAUUCCAGGUUGUUUUUGAUACUGGAACUGGCGGCGGUAGUAUCAGCCGAGACAUUGCAGAUCUCUAUUGGAGCCAAGUCCCUAAUUCGCAAUGGAAUGAUGGUUGGAGCAAUUACCUCUACCCCUGCAACCAAACACUGCCCGACUUCGUGAUCCAGUUGGCAGAUGGCAGCAAGGUCGGAAUUCCUAGCGACGGUCUGUUUUCUAAGGCCGCAGACGACGGCAGUGGCCUCUGUGCGACUAUGUUGGCUAUAGCAGAUGGCGACGAUACGCUAUGGGGACAGGCUUGGAUUGAAAAGUGGUUCGUGAUCUUCGACUGGGGAAAUAAUCGACUUGGAGUUGCAAACAAAGACCAGUGA